UGACGGAGGAAUGUGGGAAAGGCAGUCCGGUUAACGCACGCUUCCACACCGAUCGGGACGAAACAUUUGCCUAUUUGAACACGCAACACAGAAGGACGCCAUUCGUGGACCGCUGUGACUUGGGAACUGUUCGCGAUUACGCACGGCGCUUGGUUCUUCGCGGACGGGAGAAAAGUUUGCAAAGGGGGGACCCACACAGCUGGAGCCCGCAGAUGGAAAGAGGAGAAUCGGUGUAGUAGUGGUGCAAUUUGCAGAGCUCUUCCAGUAUGGACCCCGAGACACUGAGAAGGUGAAGUCUGCCGCCUGCUGUCCAAACACUACCCCUCUCUUUGUGGAUAUUUCUACUUUAGUACCCUGUGAUUUCUAAACAUUUAAACUCUCCACCACCAUGGGUUCCAGUCUGACCUGCACCGGAGUUAUAUGGGCCCUCCUGUCCUUGCUGUGCGCCGCUGCCUCUUGCGUGGGUUUCUUCAUGCCCUACUGGCUCUUGGGCACCCAGAUGGACAAGCCGGUCUCCUUCGGGACUUUCCGGAGGUGCUCUUACCCGGUGCGCGACGAGGAGAGGCAGGCUACCGUGAUGCUGGAGCAGUGUGGGAGAUACGCUACCUUUAACGGCAUUCCCAGUCCGGAGUGGAGGAUCUGUACGGUGGUGACGGGGGUGGGGUGUGGGCUCCUGCUCCUGGUGGCCCUCACGGCGCUCAUGGGAUGCUGUAUCUCCGACCUGAUCUCGCGCACCAUCGGACGGGUGGCGGGAGGAAUACAGUUCGUGGGAGGGCUGCUCAUAGGAUCCGGAUGUGCCCUCUAUCCUCUGGGAUGGGACAGUGAAGAAGUGAAACAAACCUGCAACAACAGCUCCGACCAGUUUAAGCUAGGCUCGUGCCAGAUCGGGUGGGCCUACUACUGCACGGGAGCGGGAGCGGCCGUGGCCAUGCUCUUGUGCACAUGGCUCUCCUGUUUCGCCGGAAAGAAGCAGAAGCAGUAUCCGUACUAACGAGACGCCGAUGGAACUCAGGAUCUACACAAUCUAUAUGUUACAAAAGGGAGAGGACUCACAGCACAGCAUCGGGCACCGCGGGCUAGGAUGGUGAGCCCGGUUCAGGGACAACAAUGCACAAAACAGACACACAAAGGCUCGGUCGGCUUCUCCAGGACUCUUCGUAAUGUAUGGACCAAUUGUAUUUGUAAAAUUGUUACAUUUCUUCAACAAAGCGAGUGGUGGUUUUGCUGGUUUUGCGUCAUUUAUAGAGAUCGACCGAUAUUUGUGUUUUUAUUUUAUCUUUUUCUUGGCUGAUACUGAUACGAUUGUUUAGAAUCUAGAGCGACCGAUGCCUGAUAAGCUCUGCCGAUAUUUUUAAGACAAUGUAUAGGGUCGAGUUUGAGUAUUUUUCCCAAAUUAUGUAACUUAAAUUUACUACAAACUCACCCACAGCCCUUUUUUUUAUUAUAAGAGAGUAGUGUAGUCAUAUUUUGUGUAGUUACCCUUUCGCAUUAAAGUGUUAAAAUAAAGCUUUGUGUGUAUUUUUUAGGCCGCAGACUCAAAGGUGCACUGUGUAACUUUUCUAGUGGAGCGUCCGCUUACAUUUUUGUCUCCAGUGACGAUGUUGGAAUGUUUCAGUAUGGUAUUAAACUUAACUAUCUCCAUGGAAAUGAUCGGAAAUGCCACCAGACAAGACCAGAAGAUACGGGUCAGAUUUUUGCAGAGGACG